GAUUAAUGUUCUGUUUUGUUUUAGACCCACAUGGGACAGCACUCCUACCUGCGUCCUCACAAGUGUCCAAACUGCAGCUUUGCCUCCAAAAACAAGAAAGACCUACGCAGACACAUGAUGACGCACACCAAUGAGAAACCAUUUUCUUGUAAACUUUGUGGACAAAGGUUUAACCGCAAUGGCCAUCUGAAGUUUCACAUGGAGCGUCUUCACAAUCAGGAUAAUCUUGCUCGCAAAAGUCGAACCACUGCGUCUCAGCAAACCAUAAUAGUUAACAGCGAUGAGGAGGCGUUAGCCACACUACAGUCCCUGCAGGGACAUCAGGCAGUGAUCACUCCUGAGCGGCUGCAGGCUCUAGGACAGGAGCACAUCAUUGUAGCUCAGGAACAGGCAGUGUCAGACCAGGAGGAAGGUGCAUACAUUCAGCAGAUAACCACCAUAGACGGUCAGACGGUCCAGCAUCUGAUGACAGGAGACAACCAGGUUACUGAGGUUCAGUAUAUCAUCUCACAGGAUGGAGUUCAACACUUACUUCCUCAAGAGUAUGUAGUAGUAGCUGAUGGCAACCACAUACAGAUGCCAGACGGACAGAUAAUCCAGUACGAACAUGACAGAACCAUUGUUCAGGAGCAACAGAUUGCUGUAAGUCACGACGGUCAGAUCCAGUACCUACCUGUCAGCUCUGAUCAACAAAUCGUGAAUGCUGAAGAUUUGGAGGCUGCUGCCCACUCUGCUGUCACAGCCGUAGCAGACGCGGCCAUGACACAGACCCAGACAGUCUACACUGAGGCUACACCUGAGCAACUGGAAGAGCUGCAGCAACAGGGCAUCCACUAUGAUGUCAUUACUUUCUCCAAUGAAUAGGGAUGCAAGUGCGCCAAGAGGAGGACCAAUACAAACCACUAUGAGCUAACAGAACAGUGACCUCAACUUAUUUAUGCAUCUAGCUGGCAGUGAAGUGAAAAAAGGCCUUAUCUCCUGCCCAGCAUCACCUGCUCGGGGCAGCUGCAUCAGUCACAAUCAACAGCUUCUUGUAAAUUUCAAUUAUUGUACGCAGUGCUUCUAAUUUAUUCAUAGGUACUGAGCAUUCAAGAGUUAAUUUAAGGAACGUUGGGCUCUUCUCUAAUUAUUCAAACCGAAUUGUGUAUAUGUGCCUCAACAGCUUCCAUUUGCAAGACAAUGUUAUUAAAAAUGAUAAAAUAGCUUAUUUCAUGUUAUUAAAAGUGUCCUAAUGAACAUUUUAGUUUUUGAAUGGAAUGAAAUGAAAAGGCACGCUUUAUUUUUGAUGUGUAAUAAGAUAAGUUAAUUAAUAGAAUGCCACAAUAUUGUGUUUACAUAAUAUUAUGUACAUACAUUUUGCAUUUGUCUUCUGUUGUGCAAUGGAAGACAUGUUUUGAUUUGAUGAGUAUAAAGUGUUUAAUACGUUCAAAGCUGACACCAAAUAAAUCACUUUAUACAUGUA